GCCAUGACGGAGGAAGCUAACUGGCUAGCUGCUAGCUGCGCUUCUUCUUCGCUGCUUCCUAACCGCAGAACCUCCGCCGCCCCCCGCAGGACAGAAGAAGAAGCUGCGGACAUCCGGGUUGUUGUGUCGGAGUGACGUAUUGGAACUCUUACUGAAAGAAAGGAUCUGAAUACUUCAUCCAGCGCUGUAUUUUGUUCUUACAGACAGCAGGAGCCCAGACAGUUCAUUGGCCGACCGACUGACACACACAGCCUUCUACGGCAUCACCGGGGGGGUUUGUGUUCACUCAGAGCAGCAAGCAGAAGAAGAAACAACGAGGCUGAAGUGAAGGAACCGACCGGGCAGCAGGUCGGCCUCAUGGCGGUGUCUCAGAUCACGCCCACCCUGUUCCUCAGCGGCGCCGAAGGCCCCCUCAACGCAGCGCUGGUGUCGCAGAAGGGCAUCACUCUGAUCGUCAACGCCACGGUCAGCCACGCCAGCCCCGCCUACCCGGGGGUGGAGUGUGUGCGGGUGCCCGUCUCCGACCUGCCCAGCGCCCGCCUCGGAGACCACUUUGACCGUGUGGCCGAGCGCAUCCACGGAAACCGUGCAGGGGGCACGCUGGUGCACUGCGCCGCCGGUAUGAGCCGCUCCCCGGCGUUGGUUAUGGCGUACCUGAUGCGUUACAGAGGCGUGACGCUCCGCCAGGCGCACCGCUGGGUCCAGGACAGUCGGCCCUACGUGCGGCUGAACGCCGGCUUCUGGGAGCAGCUGCUGCAGUACGAGAGGAGGCUGUACGGGAAGAACACCGUCAGAGUGGCGGCAGUCGAAGAGACGCCGAGGGUGACGAGGACCGCGCCGCCGCCACAGCAGACCAACUGGUUGACGCUGGUACCCAGGUCGCCUCUGGUGACCCGAGCAUCACUGAUGUCACGACCACAGGUGAUGACGCCGGCAACCAAGCGAAGAAGAGGAACCAAAUCCAGCGGCGUUAAAGUCUGAGCUCUGAGCGACCGCUGCACUCCAACUACAACAAACUACCCACAAUGCAACUCGACCACUGACAGACACCACCCUGACCUCCACAGCCGACUUCUGUACCCACUCACACGCCUCUCUGAAAGACGCACGCCGUCCGUCAUCAGCACGGGAUUUAAAUCUGGAGCUGUGUAAUCGUCCAAUAGGGACGCAGCGUCCCACUGCUGCUAGCAUGUUAGCCGUUAGCUUUUUACCAGCUCGUCAUGCAAGAGGUCACUACAGCAGCGACGCACGCAUGAACUUUGGAGACCCUCUCUGACCGGGUCCGUUUCACAUCCGCCGCAGAAAGAAGGUUUGUGGGUCCAUCGCUUCUCGACCACCUGCUGAAAAACGGGUUUCCAGUUGCUGGUCAGGAUGUUGCAGACUUGGGACCUUGUGGACCGUAUAUAAAACAUCAGGGACUCAUCCUGAACGGGUGAAAACACUGACCUCACACAGAAGCUGCAGCAGAGCUAGCUAGCAGCUGUUAGCUUAGCAUUCACGCUUCAACGAGUGGCUGAAAAUGUCGAAUAAAAAUCUGCUCGGCUGCAAACAUCUCGUCACGCUGGAAGGCAUUUGUGUGUCCCUUUUUUUAUGGAUGUUGCUAAUUAGCCAGCUGUACAGGAAGAUGGCGUCCCCCUUCUGAAUGUGGCUUCAAAGCUCUGAUUGGCUGGUUGGUCCAACCAGCUGACCUGUUUGUGGGCGGCCGGCCGGACGAGUCUCUUUUCAAACUAAAACUAAAAAUGUGACCGACUGAACUUUGUUCUCUUGGGUAUCGUUUGAAAUUUUACGGAACCAAAACCAAAACCAGUUCCCUUAAAGUGACACGAUACCAGCAGAGUACUUUAAGUGACACCUUGUGUAAAAUGCCACCUGUUGAAGCCACAGUAGUUGAUCGGUGUCAUCCUUGUUAUUGUUGUUAUGGACGAGCAGGGCGACAUAUUUUCUUUUCUGUUUUAUUGUUUGAAAUAACUGUUGGAUAAAAAUAUUGGAAACUCGUAUCAGAUCUCGUCCUGAUCAGGUCGUCCAGACGUUAUGAUGCAUCAGAGGAGGGACGACAGCUCGGGAGGUGUUUCCUUUAACGAGGGAGGACGAGUGAAACGGUUUAGUUCUCGCUGUGAUAAAGGAAUAUAAGUUGAGUUUCUGAUGCGUUUGUUUAAACAACGGAGAAUUAUUUUGUUAACUUUGGAUCAAUAAAUCUAAAUAAAAAAAUAAUGCUCUUGAAACGGACUAAUGGAGUUUCAGAUAGCCAGAUGCGGUCAGAGGUUAGCAACGUUAGCCUGUUUAAAGUCAUAUAGUAUUGUUUUAGCUAGUUAGCUUUCAGCAGCUAAGCUGUUUUUAGAUAUUUAUCCUGUUUUUUAGCUACUUUAAUUCUCUAAAUGUGUCUGUGUGCUAACUUUGUAAGUUAGCCAGUGAGACAGAAGUUGUGUUUUUGUACAGGAAGGCCCGAACGCCUUCUCUGUAGACUACGCACAUUUUCAGGGUCGCACCUCGAUGCACGCUGCCCCGAACACACCUGCGGUUUUUACAUUAUACUUCCAGAUCACACAGACUCUGAGACACAGGCAGCUUUUCAUUCAGCAGUUAAAUCUGUGACUCACAGAAGGAGCGUUCACUUGUUUCAUUUAAAGAUGAAUAAAUCCUGAAUGAACAUCCAAAAUGAAGUAAAGAACUUUGUGUAACUUUGUUAUUUCGACACCAACAUUCACACCUUUAAUCAGCUGGAAUAAACAGCGUGUUAUUGAACUGGAGUCACAGUGAGCAGAGUUAGCAUCUGUGCAAAAGCUGCAGGACGCUGCUCAGCUUGUAGAGCAGAGUGAACAUGUUCAGUGAAGGAGAAGAAACAUGUUGAAACUAGAAAGAGUCACUGACAUCAAAUCAUCACUCAGCCCAGCUCAUGGAUCCAGUUCAGCGGAGUUUAGUCACAUUCAGCCGUUAUUAACAUGGAAAAACCAAACAUGUGCAACACUUGAUCUUGAUCAAAUAUAGUUGUUGACCUUCAGUUUUUACAGUCUGUUGAUUUAACCAACAGUAAAUAAAGUUUAACAGUGAAAGGCCGCUCAAAGAAAAGAGAAACAAAUUUGUGGAAUUUUGGCCAAUGUCUCACAACCCAAAACACAAGUAGUUUACUGUUGAAUACUUUAUCACUGUAUUUGUUUUACAUUCAUAUUUAACUAUGAGCCUUGUGUUUGUAGUAAUAUGUUACAUCUUCCUGUCAGAGCUGUGAAAGAAAUCUUUGUAACAGUAUGUGAAAAGCAGAGAAGUUCUGUCCUCUAUAAAGUCCACUCAGGAAUACUGCAGUUCAAUUAAAGUUAUCUUUUGACAUGAAAGGAUUAAAAAUCAUACUUUUUAUAUCUAUUUCUUUUUCCACACAAUAAAAGGUAAAAUACAA